AUGUCUGCCAGGGUCAAGUGGCUGUCCGCCACAACGGUCUGCAUGAUGGCAUGCUGCCUUGUGGCCAACUUGGUUCCUCUCUUCCAGGAGUUCGUGAACUUGACAGGUGCUCUGCUCUCUACGCAGUGUGUUUUCGUGCUCCCUGGCAUCCUCUCUGCGGUCUCAAAUGAGAAGCGCUGUGUGCGCGUGUGUGCAGCCUGUACUGCGGUAUUCGGACUCUAUUUGGCUGUAGCGGGCACCAUCUGCAGCAUGGCGGUAAUUGUGGAAAAGCUCGCCUCCUCUGUCGAGCGAACCAGCCUUGAUAGGAGUCCAACUUAG